GCACCACCAGCACCAAGCCAGCCCAUAGCGGGCACACGAGAAAAUAAAGCGCGCCCGACCGCACCGGCCGGCCGGUGUUCGUUAAUUCGCAUAUCGUGAGCCGUCGGUUGGCGAUGCCCAAAUCAUGCUCUGCCGUCGGAUCGGAUGGAGUACUAGCUGGCGGGCGCACUUGUAGCGGGGCGGAUAAGCAGACGGGGAUAUACUAGCGGGCGGCUGAAUCUUUGGUUGCCACGAGUAAAAGCGGGUCUGUGGAAAAAGGAGGGCAAACAGCCACCCGGGAACGGGAAGGAAGACACCCCACGUAACGGUGGGCCAUGGCCGGGGCUCACCACCACCACGCCAUGGCCAGGCUCGGCCGGGGGUCUCCGUUUUUCCUCUAUAAAUAGCCGGCGUUUCCUCAUCGUUCCUCCCUUUUCCCCGAUUCUCUACUCGCCUCACCUAGUUCUGGAAUUGCGAAUACGUAGUCGUCCUUGCUCUCGUAGAGGUAGAUCGUACGGCAACAGUAGGGGAUCGAUCGACAAGUAGAAGGAGAUCAUGUUGUCUGUGCAGGACGCCCUUGACCUUGCGUCGUCGUCCAGCUACGGCACCAUGGACAUUAUCACGUGCGGGUUCACGCCGUGGGGGCCCGAGUCGUGCCCUAGCCUGGACCAGGUGAUGGCGUCGUCGAGGCCGGCCACGGCCGCGUCCACGGCGGUGGUGCAGGAGGCCGAGGCGGCGAGGGACGGCGCGGACGCGCACCCGGACCCGGACCCGGACCCGGAGGAGGAGCAGGAGCGGCUCCGUCGUCAGCGUCGCAAGAUGUCGAACCGGCUGUCGGCGCAGCGGUCGCGCGCGCGGAAGCAGCAGCGGCUGGAGGAGCUCCGGGAGUCCGCGGCGCGGCUCCGCGCCGAGAAGCAGGAGCUGGAGGCCAGGCUGCAGGCGCUGGCGCGGCACGACCUCGCCGUGCGCUGCCAGAACGCGCGGCUCCGCGCCGAGGCCACCGCUCUCGCGCGCCGCGUCCGCGAGGCCAGCAGGCUCCUCGCGCUGCGCCGACUCGCGUACGCCUACGCCCUGCCGCAGCAGCAGGCCGCCGGCGUCGGCGUCGUGCCGGCGGCCGCGGCGCCCCUGAUGGGGCUGGCGUCGCUCAUGACGUAGAACGACUCUCGAUCGGGUCCUCUCGAACAGGGUGCCGCUUUGGCACGCACGCACGGACGGGCGCGCGCGUGCUAUGGUGAACUGGAAACAUGGGCACACUGAGGCUAGUACGGUGCAUGCGGCUAUCGCCGCUAGCACUACUACUACGACAGCUAGAGGAGGGUCCCGUGUUGACGUGUAAAUUGCAUAAUCAAGUGCUACAUGUAGCAUGAUGUGAAUUAAAGCGAUGAAAAAAAAUA